AACGUGAAGAAGCUGGCGUCGGACGCGGGCGUCUUCUUCUCGCGCGCCGUGCAGUUUACAGAAGAAAAGCUGGGCCAAGCUGAGAAGACUGAACUAGAUGCCCACUUUGAGAACCUUCUGGCCAGAGCAGACUGCACUAAGAACUGGACAGAGAAGAUCUUGCGUCAGACUGAGGUUCUGCUACAGCCAAACCCUAGUGCCAGAGUAGAAGAAUUCCUCUAUGAAAAGCUUGACCGCAAGGUGCCUUCCCGGGUCACCAAUGGGGAGCUGCUGGCACAGUACAUGACAGAGGCAGCUAACGACUUUGGACCAGGGACACCUUAUGGGAAGACCUUGAUAAAAGUUGGAGAGACCCAGAGGCGCUUGGGUGCAGCAGAACGGGACUUCAUCCACUCGGCCUCCCUCAACUUCCUGACCCCCCUGCGCAACUUCCUGGAGGGCGACUGGAGAACCAUUUCUAAAGAGCGGAGGAUCCUGCAGAACCGCCGCCUGGAUCUGGACGCCUGCAAAGCCAGGCUGAAGAAAGCCAAAGCUGCCGAGGCAAAAGCAGCGUGUGAGGGAGAUGCUGUGCCUGACUUUCAGGAGACUAGACCUCGUAAUUACGUUCUCUCCGCCAGCGCAUCAGCGCUUUGGAGCGACGAGGUGGAAAAAGCGGAGCACGAGCUGCGGCUCACGCAGAGCGAGUUCGACCGGCAGGCGGAGGUGACGCGGCUGCUGCUGGAGGGCAUCCACAGCACCCACGUGAAUCAUCUUCGCUGUCUCCAUGAGUUUGUGGAGUCUCAAACCAACUACUAUGCUCAGUGUUACCAGUACAUGCUGGACCUGCAGAAGCAACUGGGCAGUUCCAAAGGAGAAAUAUUUUCAGGCACAUUCGUAGGCAACCCAGAAUCGACAUCUCCUGCAGCUGCUCCCUCUCCUCCAGCCGUUGCCGCCACCACCGGCCCUGCUGUGCCCACCAUCCCGGUUGUGCCCACGGUUGUUGGGGUGCCUAAUGCUGUGGCAGAGGGGGUGCUGAACCCCAACGAGGUCAAGCCCCCUGCCAGCGGCACGCGCAGGGCCAGAGUCCUUUACGACUACGAAGCAGCUGACAGCAGUGAACUGGCGCUCCUUGCAGAUGAGAUGAUCACUGUGUACAGCCUGCCAGGCAUGGACCCAGACUGGCUCAUUGGUGAAAGAGGGAACCAGAAAGGAAAAGUUCCUGUCACUUACUUGGAACUGUUAAGUUAAAAUGUCUCCAGGAAGAAGAAUGUACAAGCAGAAUGCACCCCUCAUCUCCUGGCACUUCUAAUGCGGAUUUCUUCAUCAGAGACCAUUGCUCUCUUCAGGGUUGACACUCCAUUGCUAACACAGGAAUCGUGGGAAGGAAGUGAUAAAACUGUUACGGGAGGGCUUGGGGAAAGGGCUAAUGGCACCCGGGAUUGA